GGUGAUGAGAGGGGCUCUGACUACAUGCAAGAGUUGUGUUUGUUCCAGGAUCUGUAUAAACCUACUGGAAUUGGAAAUAGCUGUCUGCUGUAAGCCUCACUUGCAACCUCCAAAAAUAAAAGCAAAGUGCCUUUCACGAAGAAUUAAAAAGUCCUCUCUCCUGAGCCACCAGGGGCAGUAAAAGUGAAGGAAGUGAAGCAGUUAAAAGAGUUGAAGAGCUUAUCACAUGCUCUUGUUUGGGGCAAUGUUCACUUUCACUUCGCUGGGACACUCCAGCUGAUUUUUGUUGUGAUGACACUUGGGGCAGUGAGCCCACAAGGCUGAAGAACCAGAUCCGUGGAUUGAUGCAUGGUUACUGAUCCUGCCUCCCAGCACGCAAGCAAAGGGAAGAGGGAAAAAAGAAAGAAAGAAACAUUAAAUCCGUGGCAUGCUGGCUCAGCACCUUUCACACUCCCGUCCGGCAGCAAGCCUUUCUGUGAGCACUAUGAAUGCAAAAACCAGCUCUGCAGGUGAGGAAGAAGCCUCAGGAAUGAGGAAUGACACCCUGGGAGAGGCCAAAAGGCAGCGAGUGAUCCGUGUUGCCUACGUGGUUGCGGCCCUGGACCUGACCUUACUCUUCAUGCAGAUAGGAGUCAUGCCUUACUUGGCAAAGAGCCUAGGUUUGGAUUCAGUGGGGUUUGGCUAUCUCCAGACCACCUUUGGUGUCCUCCAGCUCGUGGGAGGUUACAUUUUUGGAAGGUUUGCAGACCAGUUUGGUGCCCGAGCAGCUUUAAUUCUCUCCUGUGCAUCUGGAAGCAUCUUCUUCCUGCUUAUGUCCCUCUCCACCAACAUCCCCCUCCUCUUCCUCUCCAGGGUGCCAGGAGUGUUCAUGCAUGGGAUACCAGGUGCUCAGAAGGUUAUUACAGAUAUGACCACUCCUUCCCAACGUGCUGGUGCUUUGGGGAAGCUGGGCUUUUGCUUUGGAGUGGGCAUCAUUUCUGGCUCUGCCGUGGGAGGUGUUCUGUCCACCAAAUUCGGUGUUUAUGUUCCUGUAUACGUUGGGCUGGUGGGAAGUCUCAUCAAUACCCUGAUAGCAGUGAUUUGGAUCCCUUCUCAGUCUAAACCAAAGUCAGACCAUCACGUGACAGAGCACAGCACAUCACAGUCUGGCAGCUUGUUUAGCAUCAGAGAAAUCCUGCGCCUGAUGAAGUUUCCGGGAGUAAUGGAAGUUUUCAUAGUCAAGGUCUUUGCUGGACUUCCCAUAGGUUUGUUCAUGAUUAUGUUUUCCAUCAUCUCUAUGGAUUUCUUUGGCUUGGAAGCAGUGGAGUCUGGAUAUCUGAUGUCAUAUUUUGGUGUCCUUCAAAUGGUUGUCCAGGGUUUGGUGGUUGGGAAACUUGCUAGUCGCUGCUCGGAGAUGACCCUGCUCAGACUCAGCGUCUUCGUCUUUGCCGGCGUGGGCCUAGGCAUGGCCCUGAUGAGGACGGUGUGGCACUACUGCAUCAUUGCAGCACCGCUGGUGUUUGCCUUCAGCAUGCUGGCCACCAUCACUGACAGCAUCCUCACCAAGGCUGUGCCCUCCUCCGACACUGGUGCCAUGCUUGGGAUCUGUGCCUCAGUGCAGCCCUUUACCCGGACGGUGGGUCCAGCCAUUGGUGGAGUUUUAUAUAAACAAUUUGGAGUCUCCUCCUUCGGCUAUUUACAGCUAAUGGUCAAUUUAGGUUUGUUUGUUUACCUCUUGAAGAGUAAAAUCCCACUGGAAGAGAUGAAAAGCCAAUAAUACAGUUGCAAGAAAGUAACCCCCUUAUUUUUCCCAUAGAAAUAAAUUCUUGAGGGUUUUUUUGGUUCUGUAAAUCUAGAA